ACUCAGCCACCGCGUUCCUCGAACGUGUCGCCCGUGUAACACCCAUCCAAACUGCCCACGCCGCGUCCACAAGAGCCUCGCCUAUCUUCCCCUUCAAUCUGCAGCCUUAGGUCCAUAGACCCGUCCCACGCAACACCUCAGCGAUCCACCGCCCUCCUCUCCGCUCCCCUCGCUAAAGCCGCACAAGCCGAAAUUCCCUUCCCCACAUCGCACGCACCCGAUCCCCCAAAUCUCCUCCCAAACCCUCUCCCGACCCAGAUCGAAACCCAGGGACUCGAUUCGUCGUCGGAGGCGGCCAUGGCGCUGGAGUGGGUGGUGCUGGGCUACGCGGCGGGCGCGGAGGCCAUCAUGCUGCUGCUGCUGACGCUGCCGGGCCUCGACGGCCUGCGCCGGGGCAUGAUCUCCGUGGUGCGGAGCGCGCUCAAGCCCAUGAUGUCGGUGGUGCCCUUCUGCCUCUUCCUGCUCAUGGACAUCUACUGGAAGUACGAGACGCGCCCCACCUGCGACGACGAGCACGCCUGCACACCCUCCGAGCACCUCCGCCACCAAAAGUCCAUCAUGAAGUCGCAGCGGAACGCGCUCCUCAUCGCCGCCGCGCUGCUCCUCUACUGGAUCCUCUUCUCCGUCACCCAGCUCGUCGUCAGGCUCGAGCAGAUGCAGCAGCGUGUCGACAAGCUCAAGAAGCGCGACGACUGAUAGAUGGGCCGGCCGGAUCCCAGUUUCAUCGCGUUCUCCUAUCCGCAUCCGUCCAUCCGGUGGUCUCGUUCUUCCCCCUGCCUUUGUGUUUCUUGUUUAGUAUGUUGUAGUGCGGAUGUUUUAGAUAUCGAAUCGUGAUUUGAGACCUGCUCGUAGAAUCUGCUUCCUUUGUCUUGCUGUCUUCAGAUAAAAAGUACAACACUCUUGGAAAUGAUGAUAUGUUUAGGUUGUCUGGACAAAUGGAAUCGUAAUUGGCGUUUUUGCCCAUGAUUUGGUUGGUGUUCAUUUGUUGGCACUCAAUAUAUACUGUGAGAUAUUGGUCUAGUUGCCUUA